CUCGCAGGAGAUCUAAUCAGCCAAACUUGAAAACUAAAACGAUGAGAAGUCAAAGACUGCAAGGCUGACACAACAUGGUGUACUUAAAACGUGGUAUAUUUGCGAAUUGAGAUUGAUGUACACGUAAGAGACAUUCAUCACAAUAAAAACAGAACAUUCUAGCCGAGGAUCAAAUAUUCCUUGCUUCGACCCUGGACUGGCUUCGAGGAACUUUCCCGUGUAAGCCGUGCUCGCUCCCCUCCCGAUACCCAGGCACAUCGAAAAACGCGAAAGACUGGUGUCUAGAUUUUUCUCGUUCCCAGAUUUCCAUCGGUCUGUUGUCAAAAUGGCGGAGCACCAUGCAGAGAUGAGAUGGAUAGCAAAGUGACUUGUUUUCCAAAGUAGAAUGUCUUCUUCGAGAAUGGUUGAUACAACGGUUGAAAGUGCCAGUGAUCCUUCGUGCUCUUCAUGUGCAAAGUUAAAGGAGGCACUUGAAGCUUCAAAGAGAGAGCACUCACUGACUUUAAGGAUGGUCAAGGAAAAGAUAAUUUCAACAGAUGAGCUGAUAAAGAAGUACCAGCAGAAAUGCCAUGAAUCUGACAAACAUCAGCAGCAGUCCACUGACAGUGCAUUAAAGUUGGAGGCAGCUCAAAUGAAAAUAGAAUCAUUGCAAAGUCAGCUGGAUAGGACAUUGCAUUCCAGUGAACCUUUAAGAAAGAAUGUAGCAAGACUACAUAGGGAAAAAUCUUUAGCUGAUUCAACCAUUUCAGAAUUAAGAGAAAAGCUGCAGAAUUUUGAGAAAAUAAACUCUGAGUUGCUAAGCACAGCUAAAAUCAAGGAAGAGCAGGAGUGUGCAUGGAGACUGGAGAAACAAGUUCAAGCACAUGAGAUGCAAAAACAAAAGAAAAGUUUGCAGAAAAGUGAGGGUACCAUUGCCAAGCUGCAGGAAGAAAUCAAGAAAGCAAAAGAGAAAAACAAAGAAUUGAACAAAUUGCUGGGUCAAGCCAACAGAAAGGCUGCAAAAAUGGAGCAACAGCUUCAGAAAUCCAUGGAGGAGAUUCAAAGUGUCAAGCUAGAGGCAGAGUUUGCAAAAGCCCUUGGGGAAGAUUUGACAAAGAAAACCUCUAAACCAAGGCAGCGACAAAAAGCCCGUCAGCCACCUCGACAGCCGCCCGUGGAAACGAAACAGACCUCGCCUUCAGCCUCGCAUCCAAGUCAACAGCUGGCGCACGUUAUAGAGGAAUUCUCUAUGCUAUCCGAUAUGGAGCCCGCUCUCAGUCCCCUACCGCCCAGUCCUGACAGAGAAGCACUGGGAGACAGUAGCAGCUCCGAGGAAGAGAGUGGCAGUGGAAGCAGCAGCGAGGAUGAUGGGAGCGGGAAUGAAGAUGAAGACAGUGAUUACAGCCUGGGUGAUCUAGCAGACAUGCUGAUUGGCGAUCAUGACGAGGGUGAAAACUUAGCAGCGAGUCCUAUGAAAACUAGAAGCAGUGAUCAAGAUUUUCAGGAAGAUGUUGAAAACAGCACUGGACAGGAAACGACGACAAAGAACGAUGCUGAUUGUGCAAAAACUGAAAAUGAAUCUUCAGUGAGACAGUCACCAAAUGAAGCGAGUGCCUCUGAUAUUGAAGUUUCUGAAAACCUUUCUCACGAAAACUGCAAUAUUGCUAAUCCAAGAGGUGAGACUUCAAAAUGCUUAUCAACGACUCAAGAAGGUACAUGUAGUAUCGAAGCUGAAAUGAAUGAAAAUUCACAUAUUACAGAAAGCGAUGGUUCUGAUCGUAAGAAAACAGACGAGGAGUCUGCUAAGACUAAAGAACCCUCCAACAUCGAGAAAUGCACAGUGGUCACGCCCAGUCCUCAACGAAAGGCAAAGCCGAGGAUGGCAUCAUCGAAACCCCGUGUUAUGACUCGAUCCAGAGCUAAAGCAAUGAAACUCAGUUCCUCGUCUGAUGCUGAAAGCUCGUCAGAAAGAGAAACAGGAAUGGAGGUUAAUUCAACUCAAGAAAAUUCUUCAGAGGUGUCAGAUACGGACUUAAAGCGUGAUUCUAAUGCGAGUGAUAUCGGAAAAUCUAACGAUGGUGGUAGUGGCAACAAUGAAAACGUUUCUUCCGUUGCGUUGGUGGAUAACAUGAAGGAAUUCACUGAAAGCUCGCAAGCAAACGAAAGCGUAGAACAUGCUAAAGGAAACUUCCAGGAUAUCUUGCCUGAUUCUUCGAAUACCGAUGCUGAUGAUGGUGCUCAUCACCAUGGAAACCUUUGCGAACCCGUCUGCUUGGUAGCCUCUUUUUCAGACUUGAAGGACCAAGAACCUACUGAAGACAAUUCAGCUGUAUUACUAGUAGGAGUGGAAGCGGAUGUCAUCCAUUCCCAGACAAACGAUGGUGAGCGUAGCUGUUCGGGAGCAUUAGGUACAGACUCAGAGGAACAAGCAGGUAAUGAAGGCAAUUCAAAUGUAUUAUUGAUAGGAAUGGAUACAGAUGCCGUCCAACACCAGAAAAACGACGGUCAGCUUAGUCGUUCAAGAGCCUUACUUUCAGGUUCAGAGAAACAAGAAGAAAAUGAAAGCAAUUCAAAUGUAUUAUCAGUAGGAGUGGAUAAAGAUGUCAACCAUCAACAGAAAAACGACGGUCAGCUUAGUUGUUCAAGCGCCUUACUUACAGACUCAGAGGAACAAGCAGGUAAUGAGGACAGUUCAAAUGUAUUUACGGGAGGACAGGAAGCGGAUGGUAGUAAACUUAGUCAUUCAACAGCCUCGCUUUCAGAGCAAGUCGCCUAUGACGACGACUCGGAUGUAUCUCCAGCGCCUACUUCAGAGGCUGCUGCGAACGUACCCACUGAAGUUGGGAUCGAAGUUAAUCAGGAGAUUUCUACAACUUCUGAAUGUGGAUCUAGAACUAAAGGUGAUGCUCCACUUAACAUGACUAGGGAGCAAAAUGCCGACAUCAAUGAAAUUCCUUCACUCGAACUCAACAAUGACAAUGCUGACAGCAUUUUGGCUAAUAAAAUCAUCAGCGAGAUAAAUACCGAAGAAAGCCAAACUUCACAGGACAGCAAAAUCACCGCAGAUGUUAACGGGAACACUGUGUUGUCGCAGUUAGAGGCCAAAGAGAAUGCAUUUGAACGAAGAGAGGACACCCUUGAAGAGAAUAACAACAACAUAUCUGAAGAUUUUGAAUCCGCUCCUGAGCAGUUGGAGGAUGAUUCUGCUCUUGUAGUUGACACUGAUUCGUCUGACCAAACUCAGCCCUUUGUGCGUAAGACUCCAAACCGCCCCAUUUGUACAACGAAGAGAAAAAGCAAGGAUGUAUCUGAGCUAUCUACAACUUUUGAUGGCACCAAAAAUGAAGACAGAUCAACGGAGCAAGUGUAUGUCCCAUCAGACGAAGAGACUGAUGCAGAUUCUUUUCCAUGUGUAGUGCCUGGCAAAGCAACAACAAAUAAGUUCGUUGAAACUUCAAAAGGUGAACCGGUUUAUGUUAGUAGUUCGACUGUCGAAGUAGAUUUGAAUCUAUCUACUCUGACUUGUGAAAAGGAGACAACGAUGACAACAGCAUCAACAACAGAGACAACAGAAUGCUCCUCAACCACAAGCCACGAAGUUGAAACUUCUGAAGACUGCAAGUUAGCUUUAGAAGAAGACGACCAUUCACAUGUCUCUGACGAGGCAAUGCAAAGUUGCUCAAUUGACGAGCGCGAAGGAAAAGACUCAAAAGGGCAAGAUUCCAGUGUACAAGAAAAUAUCCCUGUCUUAACUUCUGAGUCUUCUGGAAAGAAUUCAGAAUUGGAGAAAGAUGAGUCCCUGUCUAGUGAUGGAGAACAGUUCUCGACCUGUAAUGAGGGAGGAAAGUAUUCUGAUUGCGUAAAAGGUGUACCUGCUUCUAAAACUGCAAUUGAAGAAGCUAGUGAACCUUCGACUUCCACUGAGGGAAGAAAGAAUUCUGAUUGCGUAAAAGAUGUACCAGCUUCUAAAACAGUAAUUGAGGAUGCUAGUGAACCUUCGACUUCCAAGGAGGGUAGAAAGAAUUCUGAUUGCGUUAAAGAUGUACCCUCUUUUAAAACGGUAAUUGAAGAAGCUAGUAAACCUUCCACUUCCAGUGAGGGAAGAAAUGAGUCUGAUUCAGAAAGAGAUAUGUCUUCUAGAGCAAUGACUAGAAAACGUUCCUCCACUUCUACUGACGAAAACCGGCAUUUUGAUACGAAAGAAGAUUUGUCUUCAAGAGUUACGGGUAAAGAGAGAUCCUCGCUUGUUAAUGAGGGGAGAAAACAUUCUGAUAUGGGAAGAGUUGUGUCUUCUAUUGGUACGAGGAAAGAAAGUUGCUUAACUUUUGAUGAGGGAAAAAAUAAUUCUCCUUUGGGAAGAGAUGUGUCUUCUAGAGCUGAUUUGACUUCUAUUCAGAGAAAAAAGGAUUCUGCUUUGGAAAAUUUGUCGUCUAGGGCAAUGAAUAAAGAAAGUUCUUCGACUUUUAAUGAGGGAAAAAAGCAUGCUGAUGUGGGAAGAGUUGUGCCUUCUACAGGUACGAAGAGAGAAAGGAAUUCUGCUUUGGAAAGAAAUGUAUCAUCUGGAGAAGUGGGUAAUGAAAGUCCUUCGACCUUUAAUAUGAGAAAGAGAAAUUCUGAUUUGGGAAGAGAGGUGUCUCCUAGAAUUAUAAGUAAAGAAGGAUCCUCUUCGAAUGAGAAGGAAAUACCCUCUAAUCUAGAUGUUCGGGAGCCAUCGACAUUUGACGAGACAAGAAAACGUUAUGCGAUCAAGAGGGAUGUUUCGUCCCCUAGAACUUUAACUGAAAAAGCUGGGGAAAGAAAACGUCCGUCAUCAUCUCAAUUAGAUGCAGAAGAGAGUAAACUUGGAGAAAGAGGACAAUCUUUGGAAUUGCCUUGGUUUCCGAACAACGCAGGACCUUCUGAUGACUCCCCAGCUCUAUGUGACCCGGAAGACGAUUCUCCAAUUCAAGCCUUGUUUAAUAAUCUUGAAUGUCUCUUGGAGGAAUUUCCUUCACUUUCUCCUCUUCCACCUUCACCUUGUCCUUCGGACGAUGAAGAAUGUUUAGCUUCCCAAAUUUCAUCCAGUAACUUGAACAAAGAAAAGUCAAACCGUGUCACCGACUUAACUUUUGCAAAAAAGACUUUUGAUGUACGUGGAAAGCCUGAAUUUAAACGUGACCAGGAAUUGAAUUACACUGAAGUCGCAUCAAGGAGCGUUAAAAGAACUUCGCUAAGAAAUAGCGCGACUAUGUGUAUAACAGAAUCAAACAAACUGAACAUUUCAGUAACGCCACGGAAUUGUCUUGCAAAGGACAAAACAAGCAAAUCAGCGUCUACGUCCUGUUCGGGAGGAAGUGCCUCAACCAAACCUCCCUUACAACGGUCGGCAUCCGCACCUCCUCGCGCAGAAGAAAAAGUCUCACUAAAGCGUUCUUAUCAACAAUCAGUUUCUGAACCAGUUAACAACAAGAUCGCUGUCGCGCAGAAAAGCAAGAAGAUGAAAACGCAGCCUAAAAUUCCUCACAAAGAAGAAACCUCAAGCUUGGAAAAUCGGUUAGGUAUUUCUAGAGUUCCGGUUGAAAAAGCCACAUUCAGUCAACCAUCGAAGAAAAAUGGUGUUACUAAAGGGCCGGUACUUGUCAGCAGGAAAGGACCAAUACUCGCUGACAGUAAGGAGCCAAAACUGGCUGGCAAUAAGGGACCAAUACAGCCUGGCACUAAGGUGCCAAUACUGGCUGGCAAAAAGGAACCAAAAGUGGCUGACAAAAAGGAGCCAAAACUGGCUGGCAAUAAGGGACCAAUACUGGCCGGCAGUAAGGAGACCGUACUGGUUGGCGAUCAUGGGCCAUUACUGGAGUUCAAUGAAAGGCCAGUCCUAGAAGAAGAGUCCAAAAAUACAAACAAUUCAGCGAAAUCAACUGGCAACAAACAGAGCAAAUAUCGACCGUUGUCAGUCCGUCCAGGUUAUAUGCCUGAAGUGAAGUAUGUGUUCAAAUGUCUGAGUCGUGUGUACGAAGACAAUGUAGAUCUACAUAUUGUAGUCGAGAGACUAACCACUAAGCGAUGUAUUUCAUCCAGUACGCCCGUAGUUUCGGCCAUAAUUCAGUUUUUAAAAGAACGAGAAGACGACCUCGUCCCUCAGAUCCUCGAUCAACUUGAACACUUUCAGACUGAUGCGAGUCCAAACAACUGGCAGCCUGUUAUUUCCAGUUUCGAGUCUCGACUGCUGGAAGUGAUAUCUUUAUUAUCCAAUGAUACUUUGUUCGGGAACCUUAUUCCUAGAUUGGUUUCUCUGUGUUCUCGGAGUUUGACUGAAGCACGUUGCAGCUCAAACGAUGAGGAAGUGAUGAAGGGGGAUCUGUCGCUUUGUCGUGUCUUGACUGCCUUGUGCCAGCUCAAAGAGAAUCUUGGCUGUGUUCGAACGGUGUGUUAUGACGUCAUACGUUCCCUGUACCGUUCCCAGAACGCUGCUCUACAGCUUGCAGUUACCAUGGUUACCGUUUGGCCGAAAGUUCUGAAAACGUCUUCCGAUUAUUCGAGAGGCAAACAAUCGCCUCUUGCUCAUACUCUGAAGUUAGUGUUAUCGUAUGGGGUUCAGAGGUUUCCGUCUGCCGAUCUUGGCAACAUCUUACGAGUUCUGUGCUGCUGGGAAGAUGAUUCGGUAACAGAGGAAGACCUGAAACGCUUUGGAUUGCAGCUUAUUCAACCAUUGCGUGAGGAGGGAUUGGGGGCUAACGUCGGUCUUGGUAAAGGUAAGACGAGGGAUUGAGUCCAUUAAUAGAUUCCAUCUUAGAAUUUUUUCGAUGUACAUAACCCUGUACAAUCUAAUGAACAAUACAACAAAACACUGUUCAGUAGCUAUUGUUUAAAUGAACGUUAGGGUUUAACUGAAGGAUUUAUUUUGGGACUUACCUUGUCCGUUAUAAUAAACAGUAUUAAAUGAAACUACUGCUCGACAGCUUUUAUUUGAAUGGUCACACACUCCACCUUGUACA